AUGUCCUCGGUGACCAAAACCGCUCUUCAGCGAGACGUCUUCGAGCAGCAUGAUGAGAGAAUCCAAGGAUUCAUCUGCGUCACCGGCAUCACCCGCAAGAAGAAACACUCCGUACUUUGUCUCACAAUCUCUUAUUUGCAUCCGGUCACAGUGCGUUUGCAUGAAUUGCGUCGAAGCGACAAGGCGAGUCAGUGGGAAAAGAAGAACACGUGGCUUUUGAACGAGUUGAAAGUUGUCGACGGCAUUAACCCCAGAAAGCAAUCGCCAGAAUUUCAUUUCACCGUCGAUAAGCUGUAUCGCUGGUUAGCGGAUUCUGCCAAUCUGAAGGACCCGUUUAUUCGACAGAUGUGGAAGGUAAAUUCUGUAAUUUGGAGGAAUCUACACUUGAUGCUUGAGCCGGAAGCUGCCGACGAGUAUCAACCGAUAUCUGACAAGGAGGAGGCUGACUUCAGACUGCUGAUUUCUAAAUUUAACCUAAAGAUAACCGAUGCUGAAAAGUUUACCGAACUUUUGACUCGCGAGUUGCAGCUUCUGGAUGGGGCGAACAUCCAAGCUAUCGUCGGCAGUGAGGAGCAGAUUGCCGAAUUGCUCAACGUCGUAGACGAAGCCCUCAACGAAGCGUCGAGACUGGAACAGGUGCUGGUCGGCUACGACGAUCUUCUUGCAGUACUAAACGGCAUCGAAAUGAUGGAAGAGAAGGACCUGCUGAUUAACACUUAUUUUACGAAUCGUCAACGCCUGAUGAAUGACCUCGAAGCGUUUAUUGUAAGUUUAUCUUUAUUUGUUUUCGUCAUUGGCCAAAUUCCACUUUUCAGGAGAUUAAUUGCCGUUGAGCAAUUCGCAAUUACAUUUCUAUUUGUGGAAACCUCAGUUUUUGACCUAACAUUGUUUCAGGUACAGGAAACGAUCCCAGUCGUUGACUGGAGCCUCCCAAAGCAUGAUUUGAUUUUCACAGCGCUAAAGCCGUUUCGCGAUUUGAUCAGUUGGCUCAAGGCAGUUUUACCUCAAGGAUACCAGCAUUUCCUACCUCAUUCUGCGUUUUUCCUCGGUAUAUGCCUACUUACAUUUAGCUACAUUGUCUACCUGCUGGCCUUCUUAACCGAACGCGUGAUGAUCAACGAUUCGGCUGAGCACUCGUCGAUUAUCCUGGGCAAAUUCGUCGUCCUUGUGAAACGGCGUUUCGACACCUUCAUGGAGGGAACCUUGCAAAACAUGUCCUACAGCAAAUCCGUAAAAAGAGCCAAAUUGGGCAUUUUGCCUGCCCUGAGGCAGUUCCAGGUUUGCAUAGCUGGAUUGGAGGAAAAAUAUGAAGGGUUUCAACGACGUGGUGACCUUGAUCGCUGGUAUCCAAAGUUCGUCGACGCCAUUUGUGAGGCAAUCGAAAAGGCAGCUGAAGAUCCAUACAGCAAGUCUCCCCCGGCUGUUGUUCAGAUGGAGAACUACCAUAAUUUGCACUGCGUAUUGUCUCACUUGAAAAUAUCAUGUUUGAAUGCCGCACGAAAGCAGAUCAAAGUAAAAUACCAACGAGCGUUAGAUUCGUACGUUAAAGAGUGCUUAGGAAAACCGUUAGAAAAGCUUCAGAUUUUCUUGGAGCAGGUCGAGGAGCUGCUUGACCAAGGGAUGAAACCGGAAGAUAUCAGUUUUCAGCAAGCUUUUAAUAAGCAAGAGAUUCGUCGCCUGUUGAAUCUGUAUUCCGGAAAAGAGGUACAGAAAGGCUUGAAAGCAUUAUACAACACAAUCGAACAGCAUCUAUCCACGGAAACGAACUUGCUGCAGGUGGUUUGGCAUAACAUGCAAGAGGAAUUUAUUCACCAAUAUGAACAUAAUGAACAGCUGAUCGCCACGUGCUAUGCCAACUCUGAUCUACAGCUCGAAUUUUCAGUGGACGAUUUGCUUCGGUAUUUUAGUGAAAUUGCUCUACAGCACUGA